AUGCAAGAACAUACCCAAGGUGAAGAAUCAGAAAAUGAGCAUGGCGCUGGUGGAUAUGAAGGAAUGGACGUGCAAGAUAAUGAAAGUUUGGAUGAAGAUCGACAAACAUGCAAAGAUACCCUUGCUGAAGCAGUUUCUUAUUUUGUAGCGAACAUGAAAGCAACUGCUAUACCAUAUUCCAAUGUGCAACAGAUCAUAUAUGAAGUUGAAGGGCUGGUGGAGAUCAUUGCUAAUCAUCUACAGCAUAAGCUUUCCUCUAUUGUGGAAGAGGUUCAAACACAGUUCAAGGAGGCAAAUCUCUCAAAAUUUGAAACAGUUUUUCAAGAAUGUGAGGUUGUAAAAAAAACCUUUGAAGGCCUUCGAUCACAGUACCAACAGGACAAAUACUUCAAAGAUAAGGGAUAUUUCAUCAGCCCAGAGGAAAGGGUGCUGGGUCAGUCAUUCACAUCACAGAGUGAUACCUCAACUGGAGGAGUAAAACAGAAAGUAAAAAAUGACAGCUUCCAAUAUGUUCCCAUGAAGAAAACACUCAGGAAACAUCUGGAGCAGCCAGGAGUGAUGGCUGCAAUUCUUCAUCAACAACCCUGUGAGGAUGGCUUGUUGUUACAGUCCUAUCGCGAUGGAAGUUACUUUAAGGGUAAAUUUUCUGCAAGUGCCGAUGUUGUCAUCCCUAUUCUAUUGUAUUGUGAUGAUUAUGAAACAGGGAACCCCCUCGGUUCUAAAAAAGGAAUAAAUAAACUCACUGGCUUUUAUAUUAGUCUGCUUUGUCUGCCUGCUCAGUUCCAGGCUUCUCUUAGUAACAUUUUAUUGGCAGCGUGUGCAAAAAGAUCUGAAGUUGCCAAAUAUGGCAUUGACAGCAUACUAUCAGUGAUUGUGAAAGACCUGAAUGAUAUCGAAAGACAGGGAAUAGAAGUUUCUUGUCAAUCCUAUUCAGGCUUGGUAAGACCAGUUGUUUUUCAGGUGAUAGGUGACAACUUAGGGCUUCAUGAAACACUCGGUUUUGUAGGUAGCUUCAGUGCUAACUAUCCUUGUCGGUUUUGCAAGGCACCAAAGGAGAUCACUAAAAAGCAACUUGUAGAAGAUGUGUCACUUUUAAGAGACAAAAACAGCUUUGAAGCGGACCUUGUGUUGGACAAUGUCUCAAAGACAGGGAUCAAACGGUCUUCUGAACUGAAUAAGUUGACUGGCUUCCAUGUCACCGACAAUCAUGUAACUGAUGUAAUGCAUGACUUACUUGAGGGUAUUUUCCCACUUGAAAUAAAACUUACUCUUGGUGAGCUCAUUGAUGAAGGAUGUUUUACUCUUGAAGAAGUAAACAAUCGCAUUUCUUCAUUUGGCUAUGGGUUUGCGGAUAAAAAAAGUAAACCAAGUAUAAUUCAGGAUUCAGCACUCAGGAAUCCAUCAGGUUCAAGUGGUCAGAAGGCUGCACAGACAAGAAUCUUAGCUUUGUAUCUUCCCUUGAUCAUUGGUGACUUGGUAGAUGAGGAAUCUGAUGUGUGGGAGAUGUUCCUGUUGCUGCUUGACAUAUAUAAAAUCGUAGUAGCUCCACGCAUUAGCCAUGCAGGCGUAUACAUUUUGAAAGCUUUGAUUGCAGACCAUCAUCGGCUCUUUCUGAGCCUCUUUCAAGACCGUCACCUUAUCCCGAAACAGCAUUUUUUAAUCCACUACCCUCGGGUAAUACAACUUCUUGGACCUCUGGAACAGUACUCAAGUAUGCGCAAAGAGGGCAAGCACAAACCUUUUAAAAGGUGGGCUAGAGCUUGUAACAAUUACAAGAAUGUUGCAAAGACAGUCAGUAUCAGGCAUCAGCAGCAACAAAGCUAUACUUUCUUACUGAGGAAGCCAUUGAACAGUGAAUUAGAAGUAAGGGAUCAGAUUUCUGUUCUGGUUUCUUCUCUGGAUGAAGUGAAUGUGUGUUCCUUCCUUGGGUGUGGAAAAGAUGCUCAAGUCAUUUUGUCAGGAAGUGUUUCCAUUCAGACAUACACAUACAAACCAAACUGCAUGAUUCUGGUUGACUGGACUGCCAAAGAGCCACAAUUCUCACAAGUAAAGCAUCAUAAUAGUUGA